AUGGCAGCUAGUGUGUUUGAAGUGCCUAAGCAGAAGCUCACCAAAAUGCGGCGGCUGGCGAUCGGGUUGCGGAUCAUGGUGAAGAAAAAUCGGCGUCUUGUCCAGAAACAACCCGCUAUCGCAGAAAUGAUAACUGUCGUAUUUGGCUUGGAGGACUUGCUAUUGCCGCCUCCGGGUGACACCGCCACCACCAGCGGUGAACCUGUUAGCAAAGAAUGGGUCAACUGUCGCAGGGCAAGCAUGGUCGGCAGGCCAGGUAGCUAUAGCUUGGAUAGCCCGGCUCUUCGGCUGAAUUCAGCUGAGGUCGAAUCCAAGCCCAGUGCGGAUCCGCCUGUACAUAUCCGGAUAUCGGCCAUAAACACUGAUGGCUAA